AUGGCAUCACAACCCAUAAAGCCAUCGCUGGCAGGCAAUGCAUCUCAAAGCCAACGAACCUCCCAACUAGGGCUCCGCUACCCCUCCAACGGCAAAACAAUCUACCACCGGCCUUUGAAUCGCAGCCGAACACAAGAGCUCAGCCAAGCUAGCUUUGCGUAUCUGUUUGGGGAGAUGGUCAGUUAUGCACAGAAGCGGGUAACGGGUAUUCAGGACCUUGAGAAACGCCUAAACGUCCAAGGCCAUCCCAUAGGCCUCAAGCUGUUCGACCUCCUCCUCUACCGCGAGCCCCCCCGCACGCAAACCCGACCCCUCAACAUCAUCGCCCUGCUCCAAUUCAUCACCACAAUCCUCUGGCGGCACCUCUUCUCCCGGCCCGCAGACGCUCUGGAAAAAUCCUCAAAUCCGGAUACGCCUGAUGAGUACAUGAUCAGUGAUAAUGAUCCGCUGGUGAACCAGUAUAUUAGUGUGCCGAAGGAGAUGAAUCAACUGAAUUGUGCGGCGUUUGUGGCGGGUAUUGUGGAGGGUGUUUGUGAUGGUGCUGGGUUUCCGGCGAGGGUUACGGCGCAUAGUGUAGGGAAAGGGGAAGAAGGGGAGUUGUGGCCGGGAAAGACGGUUUUCUUGGUGAAGUUUCAACAGGAGGUUGUGGAGAGGGAGGCAUACUUGCCAAAGAACUAG